GAUAUGAUUGAGGAAGCCAAGAGGAAAGCAGCUUCAGCCAAUAACACGGCCGCCGAGACUAUGGACAAACUCGAUAAAAUUAAGAAGGAGAUCGACAAGAUCAAUGUGUCUCCUGCUAAUGCCAAUCUAAGCACUGACCUUAGUGAAGUGGACCAGUCUGUAAAGGAUUUGCUGAAAACAAUUCCGUCGCUGAACAAUAAGAUCUCUGAGGUUGAAAACCUGACCUCCGGGUUCUCAGGCCUCGGUAACAUAUCUGAAAACAUAAUGAAGAUCAAAGAACUUAUUGAGGAGGCCAGAGAUGCAGCUGACAAGAUUGCGAUCCCCAUGAAGUUUUCCGGGGAGGGUCACAUCGAGCUGCGCCCACCGAAGAAUCUAGACGACCUGAAGGCCUACACCACCCUGUCUCUGUCGCUGCAGAGACCCAUAGGGAGAGGAGACGGAAAACGCAGGCGCAGACAGACUGGAGACAUUACAGACAUGUUUGUGUUGUACCUUGGCAACAGAGACUCCUCAAAGAAUUACAUAGGCAUGGUAUUGAGGCAAAAUCGCUUGUAUGCCCUGUACAAGCUGAACGGACAGGAGAAAGAGCUGGAGUCUGACUUGAUUUCCACCUCCAACCCUCAGCCGGCCACAUUUGAUAAAGUGGAUCUUCACAGAAUUUACCAAGAUGUGGAGCUAAACCUGACCAAAGACAUAACCUCUGGGCCACCUAAUAAGCUGCCUACCUUUCAUCGGUCCGAAAGAGGAGAGGAGAGCAAGAACCUCCUGAAAUUCAGUCCUGAUGACGUUGUCUUCUACGUUGGAGGCUACCCGUCCAACUUCACUCCUCCUCUCUCUAUGAGGUUGCCAAAAUACACGGGCUGCAUCGAGUUCUCCACCUUUAACAGGAAGGCCGUGAGUCUCUACAAUUUCCAAAAAGCAGAAAGGAUCAAUGUCCAGACUCCCUGCAAGAGAACCGUAAGUCCAGUCGACUCAGACUAUUAUGAAGGCACCGGAUAUGGCAGAGUGGCCAUAAGCGAACAGCCGAGAACUAUUGACAUAAGUGUCAAGACUAGCGUGGAAAAUGCUUUACUCUUCUUCACAGGAGAUGAGAAUAAGUACUUAAUGGUGGUUGUAGAGAAGGGUUACAUUGCUAUUCAAGGUAACUUGAUCACAGAACCAAUUAAAGGAUCAGUCAAAGUGUUCCCAGCUCAAGUUGAUUUUUUGAAUUUUAAGCUAGUUUAUAGGCCUGGGAAAGUAAGUAUUAUUGCAGGCUCCCCACCACUUACGGCCUCCCUCAAUGAAUACGAUUUCAGCAACUUUAAAGAUUUCUAUAUUGGUGGUGUAACGCAAGAGAUCAGACAAAGGUGGGACAUCACCACUCCACCAUACAAGGGGUGUUUGAAAGAUUUGAAGGUAAACAGCAAUUUUAGACCACCUGAUGAACCAGUGGGAAUCAGCAAAGGCUGCUUGCAGGAUUCACUGAGUUCGUACAAAGCACAGUUCAACUUGAGGAGCUCCCUGAAAGCAGACCUCCAAGACUUCAGCUUGGAAAACGACGUAGUGGUGUCCCUCGGAUUCAAGAGCACAGAGAGCCAGGGCCUUAUAUUGCAGAACAAAAAACAGGGAAACCAGUUAAACAUUGCAAUGGAAAAUGGCUACGUGAUUCUGCACGUUGACACCAUUAAAUGGAAAUCAAGCAAACAGUACAAUGACGGGAACUGGCACUAUGUGACCGUCUCCAAAAAAGGAGGAAGGAUUGCAGUGCAGAUUGAUGAUGAAGACUAUGGUCAGCAAGAGAGUGGCACCAUGUCCAUACCUGACACACAGGGCUCUAUUUGGCUUGGAAAAGAGAAUUUCAAAGGCUGCAUUUCCAACUUUUACAGUCGACGGUCAAACGAGUUCAAGCCUGAAAACCUAUAUGACUUCCAGGCUACAGGAGACGUCCAGAUAGAUGUGUGCACUGCCAGCAAUCCCUUUCAACUCCGCUUCAACAAAAAGGACAGUGAGAAGCAAAUAAUAAAUGAAAGCGCCUCAGUCUGCGAAUUCCCAGCCAAGCUUCAACAUGCUUAUCGCAUGGGAGGGCCUGUGAGCAGCUUGAGCUACAGCCUACCAUUACAGGUCUUACAACCCAAGCCUCACUUCUCUCUGGAUGUCAGAACUCGGUCUCCUGAAGGUCUGCUAUUCUUUGCAGCGACCAGAGGAGGGCAGUCUCAUCUGGCGUUGUACAUGUCUAAGGGCAGGAUCAGACUCUCUGUGGGAAAACAGAGGGAGAUAUUCAACAGAGAGAAGUACAACGAUGGAAAGUGGCAUUCGGUCAUGUUCAGUUUGGAAAAGAAGAAAUUCCGGUUGAUUGUAGACGGGAUCAAAGCUCAGGAUGGUCAGCUGACUAACUCUGAGUUGAAGUCUAUGCAGCAGUUCCUCCUGCCUGCAUACCUGGGCAGUGCGCCAGAAUCCCUUCAGAAAGAGUUAAAGUCAAAGGCUCUGCCAAAGCAAAGCGUGUCCGGCUGUGUGCGUAAUUUUAAGAUGAAUGGAGCACUGAUGUUAAACCCAUCGUCAAACUACGGUGCAGGACCCUGCUUUGAGGGGCCGACACAAAAAGGGGUGUAUUUUGCAGGAAAUGGAGCACAUGUCAUAAUCAAUGACUCCUUUGUUUUUGGUUCUGACCUGGAGGUGCUGUUUAACAUACGUCCCCACAGCCAGACUGGACUCCUGCUUCAUGUCGGUGAUUCCACCAGUCAUGUAAACACAAUGGGCCACUUUCUCAGCAUCUAUAUGCUUGGAGGAGAGGUGGUGGCACACGUGAACAACGGGAAAGGAGAGUACAUGACAUCAGUGAAGCCAAAGACCUCUUUAUGCGAUGGAAUAUUUCAUAAAAUUUCAGUAAUCAAGAGAAAAAAUGUUGUACAACUAUCUGUGGACACGUUGGACAACUACAAGAUAGGUCCACCAUCUUCUACUUUCCCUUCGACCAAAGAUCCUCUUUAUGUCGGUGGCAUUCCUGAAACACUGAUGCAGCAGAUGCUUCCUGUCAAAUCCUCCUUUGUGGGAUGUAUCCAGGACAUGAAGAUCAACGACGUAUCAGUCUCCUUCCACAGGUCAUCGGGCGUGUUUGGCCCUGUUAACCUCAAAGAGUGUCCGGGCUGAGCAGUUAUGGCUGAGCAAGCCUUGGGACCACGUCCUCUACCAACUAUGUGCAAUCGGUUAAAAGACAGAGAAUGUGUCUGUGUGUCAGAAUGUGUGGUGUGUGUGUCUGAAGGAAUGUGUGUGGGGGUUGUGAGCAGCAGCUUACAGCUUUAUCACUUUAGCUGCUCUAUAUUUAUUCUGUGAUAAAAUCAUAUAACGUCAUGGCACCAAUUCUUGGACAAUCUUCCUAAUUGCAGCACAACCUUAUGCAUGUCUCCAUUGAUUCUUUGUCAACAACCAAAUGCUACUGAACAGACUGGUGAUUAUUGAUCAGGGGAACUCAUUAUCAAAAACCCAGCACUUUAAGAAAAUAAAUGUUGCCUUCUCAGAUGGUGCUGCAGUUGUGUUGCAAUGAAAACUAGCUUUGUUGUCGAUUGUAGUUUUUUUUUCUCUGUUGGACUCCAACUUUUAUCCUAGAAUUAUUAUGUUUACACCUGCGGUGCUUAAGUCAUUGCUGUUUCAGGGGUCUCCAAGCUAUGAUCUAUUUAUUUCCACCUGCCUGCAUGUGGAGUUCUGCUUUGUAACUGGUUUAAAACACCUGCAAUCCUCACGUUUGAUCUGAGUUACCUUCCCGUUUUGCAUUCCUUUUGCAUGAAAAUUAUGAUGUUCUCUGUCGGUUUUUCACACCAUAAAAAAGGCAUGAAUUUUUAUUCCUAUUUAUUCAAAUUUUUUUCUGAUAAGUGAUCUUUAAUUUAUGACAUUAACAUAGCUUUCAGAACUGUGGUCAGUCAUGAAUUGGGACCAUUACAAAAGAGCUGCAAACAAUUUAGCACAGAACUAAAUGUGUAUUAAAGAUGCUUAAAUUUCCCAACAGGUGUUUACUUUUCUGUUUUUACAUUCAUACCACAAUUAUUAAGAAAUGCGUUAUAAGAAUGCAUUGUAUACUUGGACGCAUUUGGACAUGCAUUCCUGCCUUGUGAUGACCGAUUUGUAAACCUGUUCCAUCAUUGUUUUUAUAGUUCCUGUGGCAAUAAAAGAUUAUUUGAUUUGUGUUUAAAA